AGGGCUCACCACACUCCCCAGCACACUUCGCCUGAACGUAGACGUGCAAGGGGAGCAGCGAAGCAGCUCUUUGCUUCCGUCGCAGUGUAAACCAGGGACGGACUCCGGCACGCGGGGUGUUCCAGCUGUGAGAAGACAUGGUCCUCAAGACCCCGGAAACUAUGCCCCAGACGCCAAUAUUUUCCAGCAUGCUUGGUUCCAGUUGUAGUGGACAAGUGCAGCCAGAUAUGGGAGAGAGGUGUGUGGACCCUGUUUAUCAAGAUGGAAACCUGGUUUCUGGAUCACUGGAGGCCUUGAUAGAGCACUUGGUGCCCACUAUGGACUAUUAUCCAGAUAGGACUUACAUCUUCACUUUCCUAUUGAGCUCACGAGUCUUCAUUCACCCACAUGAGCUCCUGGCUAAAGUGGGGCAGAUCUGCAUUAAACAGAAGCAGCAGCUAGAAACUGGGACCGAGGCAGAAAAGGCAAAGCUAAAAUCCUUUGCUGCCAAAAUCAUUCAGCUCCUGAAGGAAUGGACUGAAACUUUCCCCUAUGAUUUCCAAGAUGAAAAAUCCAUGAAGGAGUUGAAGGAGAUUGCUCACAGGAUCACACAGUGUGAUGAGGAAAAUGGAACAGUGAAAAAGAUCAUUAGCCAGAUGACACAGAACCUCCUGAUGGCCCUCUCCGCACGGAGCCAGUACCAGGAAAUCAGAGAGAAAUUCCGGCAACCUGUUACUGACAAAGGCACCAUCCUCAAAACCAAGCCACAGUCAACUCAGAAAGACAUCUUGAGUGUAUGCUGUGACCCUCUGAUCUUGGCACAGCAGCUGACCUAUAUUGAACUGGAAAGGGUGAGCAACAUUUACCCAGAGGAUCUGAUGCAGAUUGUCAGCCACAUGGACUCCCUGGAUAAUCACAAGUGCCGAGGCGAUGUGACCAAAACCUAUAAUUUGGAGGCCUAUGACAACUGGUUCAAUUGUCUCAGCAUGCUGGUGGCUACAGAGAUUUGUCGGGUUGUGAAGAAAAAGCAGCGUACAAGAAUGGUGGAAUUUUUCAUUGAUGUGGCAAGAGAAUGCUUCAAUAUUGGAAACUUUAAUUCAAUGAUGGCUAUUAUCUCUGGCAUGAACUUGAGUCCUGUGGCACGGCUAAAGAAAACUUGGUCCAAGGUCAAAACAGCCAAAUUUGAUGUUUUAGAGCAUCACAUGGAUCCAUCCAGCAACUUUUGUAAUUACCGCACAGCCCUGCAAGGAGCAGCACAGCGAUCUCAGACUGCCAACAGCAAUCGAGAGAAGAUAGUCAUCCCAGUUUUCAACCUGUUUAUUAAAGAUAUCUACUUUCUGCACAAAAUACAUACGAACCGCUUGCCCAAUGGGCAGAUAAACUUCAAGAAAUUCUGGGAAAUUUCAAGACAGAUUCAUGAUUUCCUGACAUGGAAGCAGGUUGAGUGCCCUUUUGAAAAAGACAAGAAGAUCCAGAGCUAUCUACUCACAGCACCCAUUUAUAGCGAAGAAGCUCUGUUCAUUGCAUCCUUUGAAAGCGAAGGUCCAGAAAACCACAUGGAAAAAGACAGCUGGAAAACACUCAGGUAUAAAGCUUUGUCAGAACAUGAGUCUUUUUGCAUACAGGCGCGCAAUCAUCAACUUCCUUUCUCCUAUUUCCAUAUCCAGCUUAUGGCCAUUUUAACCCAAAUACACUUAUUUGUUCUUCAGAAUUCAAAUCUGAAAAAAUUCAAUAUGGCGUGGAUUUUGAUACAGCUUUUCCAGCCAGGUCAGUUGAGGUUGCAAGAUCACAGCUGGGACUAUGAAAGUGAAUAUGCUUUGUUUAGGCUGUCAAAUACAGUGAAAGAAUCUACAUUUGUAGCAGUUUGCAGACAUGCUUUUCUCAGAGGAGCAAAUAUAUAAAGAUACUAAGAAGAUACUAUCAUUUAUCAUACCUAUGCAGUUACAAAUCUUAUAAAAGGAUGAAAUUUUACACGAAUACCCUAAUUUUCAGCCUACUCUUAAGGGAGAAAGUCUCAAUGACUCCUCCUUCCUCUUUGAAAGGGGGAAACACCUCUUGCAUAUGCAUGAUGAGAUCAGUUAAUUUAGAUGAGAUUUCUUCUAAUACUGAGGUCAAGGCAGAAAGAGAGAUUUAGACCUUUGUAAAUCAUGUUAAACAUUUAGAUUUGCCCUAUCUGUACCAGAUAAAGAAUGAAGAAGUCUGUAUGUCCUGAGCUGCAGAUGAGAUACAUUAUGACCAUAUUAUCCUAGACCAGAGACUGUUUCCCAGUGAUCCCAGCAUUUCUUAGGAAGUCCACAGGAGCUUUUCACUUACGACACCCAUCCAACAUACCUUGCAUUAAGUCCGACGCUGUUCAGCAAGAAAUAGUUUAGGAUGACAGAGGAACAUGUUACUUACCCGAGCACAUCUUAAGGGCCUGAAGUGAUGUUACAAAGGUUAAAUUGCCAUUUAAAGUCAGCAUCUUUAUUGGAAUGCACAGAUGUAUUCCAGUUUAUAGCAGCUGAAAAUAUAUCCCUUGAAGAAAGGCUUCCAGCUAAUGAUGCAAGACAGAUCUAUUGCCAACCUUUACCAAAAGCGUAAAAGUUUUUGUCGUGAUAGAAAAGGUAAUUUUCUUUCUUAUUACUACUUCUUCUAGGACAACUCUGCUUAAUAGAGCCUGAGAUUUUCGGAUCUGAUCUGCAGACUUUGAAGCACAUUGUAUGAACGUGUUUUUACAACCUGAAAGACUUGGACUGAGCUAAGACAGACCUCACUGGCUGAGGUCUCUUUUGUAUAUACAGUAACUUUUAUGAAAUAAAAUGUGGUAAAUAUUUCACAUGUCAACCUUAAGGCACUUAAGUGAAGGGUUUUUGGUUUUUUAUUUUAAAUACAAGGGCAGGGCCCUGUUCUCAGAGAUGAAAUGUAUCAUGGGAGAUGGUAUCCCUGGGGAGAUCUUAUUCUAUCAGCAUCCAAAUUUUUAUUUUUUUUUUUUAUUACUUCCACCAAAAUAAACUAAAAAUUAAAACACACAUCCCAACUAAAGCCAGUGUUCAGGUUAAAUACUCCAUUGGACCAGUAUCCUACAGAACACUCAACAUGUCUCUCUAGCAUUGAGGUGAAGGGUCUCCUUCAAAUUAGCGAUACCCUUCACAUGUGUCAGUAAGUGUUUGUAGAGUCAAGGCCUUAGACAUCUGCCCUAAGUGUGUUCCUCUCCUACAUCAGAAAAUAGUGCCUUACAAGGUACUGAUAUUGUUUAGUGUACCUUCUAUUACGCUGGACUGGAAGUAAAGAAAAUAAAAAUAUGGAUGUCUUGAAACCAGCUACAAAGUACUUUUUAAAUAAAAUGGAGAAUAUGGCACAUGAAGUAGAGUAUACCUGCCUGUAACAUUGAUGGUGCAGCAAACAUAUUUUUGUUACAUGAUUUAAAGAGAUAAGAUGGGGUAACUGCUGGGGGACGUGCGUUUGUGUGUGAGUAUGUGUGCGUGCAUGUGUGAAGAUGCACACAUGUCUAAGUUUUAAUACUUCUGGGAACUAUCCUUUAAAUUCUGGCUGUCAGAAUAGUUUGUGUUUUCCUUUUUAAAAAUCAGGGAGUUUUUUCUUAUGUUGAAGAGAAGGAUGUCUAACCUAGAUUAUCUCUGCAAAACAGGCUCAAUAUGUUUUUUUGAAAACAGUUUUUGGAAAAUAAAGAUAAUACAUGAGCUAGGGAGAGGGAAGUAAACUCAGAUGUCCAAUUUGAAGUUAAGGCUAAAAUUUCCAGAGAAGCUUAAGAGUUCAUCACCACUGACCUGGGCACUUAAUUCCCUUGUUUCCUUUGAAAAUGCUAGCCUGGACUUACAGACAAUUAAAGCAAAGACCAACUUAUAUCAUAAGCUUUUUCUAGUAUUUUGCAAGCUGUGAUUAACUGUCUGGGCCAGAACCCAUUGAAAUCUGAGGAAAAACACCGUAAAAAAAAUUGGUCAAACCUUUGAACCCAAGUCAGUACCAAAAUUAGAGAUGAGCUGUAAACCCGCUGAUGCUUAUGAUUUCUAAUUUCUCCUUUUAGCCUUGAGUUUACACCUAAUUUGGCUACCCAAAUGAGCACCUGAGGAGCUUAUGUUGUGUUAAGGUUCAAGGUAUUCAUUUCCAGGAAAAAAACAUACAGUUCAGGACUUACUUUCCUAAUCUCUGAAUUAAGAAAAUAAAAAUAGGCUCAGAUUAAAAACUAUUUUGUUUAAUGAAAAAAUUAUUAUCCAUUAAUAUCUACUGUCCUUUCCAGUAAUUGUUCCCUUAAGGCUUGAGGGCUGCAUAUUUGUAAAGACAAUGACUUGAGCCAGAAAAUUAGAUUUUUUUUUUUUCCUUAAAUAAGGCCCUCUAGAGUUCACAGUGGUUACAGCCUCCCUCAUAGAGCCCCACAGAGGACCUCUGCACAAGUUUCUUUAAAAAUUAUCAGCUAAGUAGGUGGGGUUUAUCUUAUUCUGCCUUCUGUUAAAGAAGGGGCAGGACACUUGCUGGACCAAGGGUCCAGCAGAUUCUUCUUGCUGAGUGCCUACAACCAAGAGCAGUGCCACUGUUUCAUACAGCAUCUGCAAUCACUUAGGAGAAAUUAUUUGCUGUAUUGGCCCUGUAGUGUAGUAAAAAAAUUAAAAAGCCUUCCCUCUCUCCCUGUUCCACUCCCCCCUUGACAAAUACUUAAAAUUAGAAGAGUAAGUUGGGGUAAGGAAGGGAGAUAAAUCAACAUUUUGCUAUUCCUAUAGCAUUGACAUCUAAGAGAAACAAAAGUAAGUUAUGCCAUGAAGAAGGAAGAAAUAGAAUGCUAACUGUUAACAAGAACAGCCCAGAAAAGGGGAAGGGAUAAUUCUUAUCAUCUGCUGCUAUUUUUCCUGUGCUGAAGUCCUGACCUUCAGCCCUGGAUUAGAGUAAGAAUAUUUAUACUGUAUUAUUACAGUGUUUUGCACUUUCAGAGAUGUUCUAGCUAGUAACAUUGUCGGACACUAUAAGAGGGAUUGUAUAUCAGCUUUGUUUAUGUAAUUGAAAUUUAAAAGGGAUGCUUAAAAUUUAAGAAAAAAAUAUAUAUUUGAAAUGCAAUUUUAGAACACUUUCUGUAAAUGUAUAAAAAAAAGCUUUCACAUGAAUGUGCACUUCACUGGUCAAUCAGUCCUAGUAUAUACUUGAAAUCAACGCAGUAUCCACAUUGGUUCCUUUUUAUUUUUCCUCCCUCAGUUUGAUACAUUCCUCAUAUACCGUGUUUUGCUAUUCUGAGCUGAAAUGCUAAAUAUAAAGCUGUACCAUAAAGCAGGAUAUUCCGUGUUUGACUGGAUGUGCUUGCAUUAAUAAAAAAAAACUUGCUUCAACCA